AUGGGACGUCCAAACAGCUGGAGGUCCAAUAAUGGCAGCCAGGCGGACGAGAGGGGGACCGGCUCCAGCACCCUGGCCCGGGCCACCGCCAUAGCCGAGCAGCUGCGCUACGAGGGCUCCAUCUUACUGGAACUGUAUACAAACAAAGAGAGUUUCGCUGCAGAUGUUGUGGACAGUCGUCUGGUGUCCGUACCUCCUCCUUCCUCCCAGCUGGACACCAGGGACAAGCUCUGGCGUCUCCACUCCGCCCUGCUCCAGUGUCAGAGCCUGCUGGACAGGGCCAUCGCCAGGGAAGACGAUGAGCUGGGCGACGGGAAGAUGGGCGACUACGAGACCCAGAGGAAUAUGGUGAGGGACAGGCUGUCGCAUCUCGUAUUCAACACUGGCGAGCUCCUCAAAGCCGCCGAUGGCACGACGGUUCCGAUGCCCAGCGUGGAGGGCUUAGAGUUAGACGGGUCGACCGGUCUGUUUGAGCUGAAGCUUUGGGUGUACCGGAUCUUCAAGGAAGUGGAGUACUGGACCAAGACGGCCAUCACCACUUUGCAAGCCCUGCCCUCUGUGAUCACCAAAGAACGCGCGAGGACCGCAAGAGUCCGGCGCAUGAGAAGCGCCCGGCGAUGAGAUGGACAAGUGUGUUUGUGUGUUUGUGUGUUUGUGUGUGUGUGUGUGUGUGUGUGUGUGUGUGUGUGUGUGUGUGUGUGUGUGUGUGUGUGUGUGUGUGUGUGUGUGUGUGUGUGUGUGUGUGUGUGUGGAGGACUAAUGAGAGAGAGGUUGGGGAGAGAGAAGGUGUUCAGCUGGGGGACAGGCAGGGCAGCAAUAUGGAAAAACUGACAUAUGUGGUGUGAAAAAGAGAGACAUGAGUGAAAAUAGCAAACCAUGAUAGAGAGACACAGAUCUCCAGUGAGACGGGGGGAGAUCAUUCGGUUGGAUCAUUUUUAGGGCAUGAAGCCCCCUUUUACAGGAACAAGAGAACUAACCAUGUUUAUCAUAGCUAAUUACAGCACCUGUUGGAACAAGUUUAUUUUACGCGUGGCAGAGUCUAACACAAUCUUUAUAUUUAUUGUUUAGCUUUAAGAUGAAAUCUAAGGAUGCAUCUAGAUUCAAAGAUGAGAUCCAGAGUUUCUUUCUUUCUUUCUUAUUUUGGUAUUGAGGAAACAUUAAGUUGUUUUCUCACCUUCAUCUUGUGGUUUCCCCCACAAGUUGUUAUUUAAAAUAUACUGCAGCCGCAGUUGAUGGAGGACGCAGUCAGCAAGGGGCACAUUCAGAUGAAAAUGAGGACAUUUGAAUUCACGCCGUGUAGCUGUGAAGCGGUAGUUUUGACUGCCUCGGCUAUAAAUCAUUCCACAUGGGUUGUUACAAGGGGAUGCUCUGUCAAUAGGAGGGACAACAAAUGUGUGACAGCCCCCUCUAGUGUUUACACUGACGCAUUCCUUCUUUCUUUCUUGAUUUUCCUCAGUAAUGCUUCCGUCAUGUUAUUCUAUGUUCUUAUUGUUAAAAAAGUGUUUUUAAAGCACUUUAUUAGCAGUGAAAUUAAUUGAGAGGGUUCAAGGAGCAACAAGUGUGAUGCAACAUAACGUCAGCAGUGAUAAAAGAACAUUCUAAUGUAAACCUAUACUGAUUAUAAAUGUUUAAAAUGACAGAACAUUUUUUAUUUUUACUUUGAUUCAUGUAGUGAAAUGGAAAACUUCCAUAUUUCACUGUUUAUUGGUUCAGUUUUAAAUAUUUUAUUUAAAUAAAUACGAUUUUUUAAUUAUUAUUUCUAAUACAAAUAUAUUUAUAUUUUAAACACACAU